CGCUGCGCUCGCCGUAGUUUGAAACAUGUGGCUGAUCAAAUGUGCGGUGCUGUGAGUGCGAUCAGCGAUAAACAACAAUAACAUACCGGGUGUUACAUACUUAACCGCUGGGGCUGCUCGUCAUGGCUCACCUGGCUCCCCCCGUGGCGAGGGACGCAGUGUUGAAGGAGAGCAUCCCUCUCCCGCAGGACAUGCUCCAGAUUAAAGGCUAUGACUUCAACCAGGGGGUGGACCAUCAGGCCCUGCUGCAGUCCUUCCUCACCACGGGCUUCCAGGCCAGCAGCUUCGGCCAGGCCGUGCAGGAGAUCAACAGGAUGAUAGAGAAGAGACUGGAGCCGGUGGAGGACGAGAUCGAGGGCUACGAGGAUCAGACUCGUUCAGGAUGCACUAUUUUCUUGGGCUACACGUCAAACCUGAUUAGCUCCGGUGUACGAGAGACCAUUCGCUACCUUGCACAGCACAGAAUGGUUGAUGUGAUCGUGAGCACAGCAGGAGGGAUUGAAGAAGACAUUAUAAAAUGUUUAGGACCCACUUACCUUGGAGAGUUCAGUCUAAAAGGAAAAGAGCUACGACAGCAAGGCAUUAAUAGAAUAGGUAAUCUCCUGGUACCAAAUGAUAAUUAUUGUAAGUUUGAAGACUGGCUGGUACCUAUUCUGGACCAAAUGGUGCUGGAACAAAAAACAGAGGGCACACACUGGACACCCUCCAAAAUGAUCCACAGACUUGGCAAAGAAAUCAACAACCCAGAAUCGGUGUACUAUUGGGCCUAUAAGAAUGACAUCCCGGUGUUUAGCCCCGCCCUCACCGACGGCUCAUUGGGUGAUAUGAUCUACUUCCACUCCUAUAAGAACCCCGGACUAGUGCUUGACAUUGUGGAGGAUAUUCGGAGGUUGAACAGCAAGGCCGUGUUUGCCAAGUCCACAGGGAUGAUCAUUCUCGGAGGAGGUCUCGUCAAGCAUCACGUCUCCAACGCUAAUCUCAUGAGGAAUGGAGCAGAUUUUGCAGUGUUUGUCAACACUGGCCAGGAGUUUGACGGCUCUGAUUCCGGCGCCAGGCCCGAUGAAGCCGUCUCUUGGGGAAAGAUCCGCAUGGAUGCCACUCCUGUUAAGGUUUAUGCUGAUGCUUCUAUAGUCUUUCCACUUUUAGUGGCUGAAACUUUUGCACGCAACGCCGACAGGCUGAUCAAGGAAAAGAAGAGUGAUUGAUGGAGCUGUUCUCUUAAACGCGAUACCCCUCAGGACUGUCUUCCUGUUAGCUUGUGUUUCUGCUCAGAUGGAUUGAAUGCUCAAUAUAAAAUAAUAACAUCUUGGCUAAUUGUCCAUUUCAACAAGGCAAGCACAACAUCAUUGUUUAUUUUGUCAUGGAUUUCUCUGUCUGGUUAAAUCAUAUAGUAAAAUAUGUUCAAAUGUGUUUUUUUAUUUAAUUAUGUAGCUAGAUACAAUGUUCGUUUUAUUGUAUGUCAUCCUAUUGUUUGAGUACUGCAUUUUAUCUGGAAGUUUAUGCUCUCUCCAUUUUCAGAUUUGGAGACUACAUUUAUUCCAUUAUUAUAAUGUAGCUUCUAGAAUGCAUGAACAUGAAUGAAGAGAAGUUGAAAGACAUUAAAUAAUUUAUUAAAGAUUCUGUGCAUGUAUUUAUCUCUUUAAGAAAUGUAUGCAUCCUGUUCUGCCACCAGAGGGCAGUUGUGAUUCACUACCUGUAGUCCAACUGUCUCUCAAUCCACUACUGUACAUUUUCAUUCCCACGAGGCUCUUUUGAUUUACUCCACUUGGCUGGGAGUGUAUAAACAGUUUAUGUAAUUACAGUGAGAAACUGUAGAGAUUUAUACUGUUUUUAGCUGUUCUGUGGAAACCGGUAGUUGAGAUGUUAACGGCGUGUAUUUGCCCGUGUGCAAAUCAAGUGUUUUUGACCUAAAUGUCAAUGACCUAAUGAAUGUCUUAGUUUUGUUAGCAUAGUUUCAAAUUCCUUUUUGCACAUUUGAACUUUCAGCGGAAAGCAAUCUGUGUCUUGACCUAAAUAUUAUCUGAAAGCUGCAUGCAAAGCCUGACAUAAUGCUUUCGUUUUAUAAUUACAAAAACUUGUUUUAAUAACCAUAUUGUUUGACAGAAUGGGAUUCAUUUCAUUUUCACAGUUAUGCAUUUAGCAAAAGCUUUAUUCCAAAGUGACACAUUUCAAGACAGAAUUUAAUACAGGUCUGCCAACUUGAGUUCAACUUGUCUUGGAGUGACAAUUAUUGCUGCAGGGUAAUAAUGAUUCAUAAGCUACAAAUUCAAUGAUUCAUUUUGAUAUAUGCAUGAACACAGUAGGCUACAUGUGAAAAUAUCUUUCUUUUGUUAAGGUUAAAAAUAAAAACUUAU